GUUGUUGAAGUUCUCCGUCACAUGACCGAUUUAGAAAACCGUGAUAUUGACUCCGUUUUAUUUCUUCAGUCGUGUGAGUUUCUUUAGCCGACAUGAGUUCUCUAAAGUUACAAAAGAGGCUCGCCGCCUCUGUUAUGAGAUGCGGGAAGAAAAAGGUUUGGUUGGAUCCAAACGAAAUCACCGAGAUCGCCAACACAAAUUCAAGGCAAAACAUUAGAAAGUUGAUUAAAGAUGGUCUCAUCAUUAAGAAGCCUGUUGCUGUGCAUUCAAGAGCAAGAGUCCGCAAAAACACAGAAGCCAGGAGGAAAGGACGGCAUUGUGGUUUUGGUAAGAGGAAAGGUACAGCCAAUGCCAGAAUGCCUCAGAAGGUCCUUUGGGUAAAUAGAAUGAGAGUUCUAAGGCGUCUUCUCAAAAAAUACAGGGAAGCUAAAAAGAUUGAUAGGCAAAUGUACCAUGAUUUGUACAUGAAAGCUAAAGGUAACGUCUUCAAGAACAAAAGAGUUUUGAUGGAAUUUAUCCAUAAGAAGAAAGCUGAAAAGGCUAGGACGAAAAUGCUUAAGGAUCAAGCUGAAGCAAGAAGAUCGAAGGUGAAAGAGGCGAAAAAGAGGAGGGAAGAUAGGAUAGCUCAAAAGAAAGAAGAAAUCUUAGCAGCUUAUCAACGUGAGGAUGAAGCGGCUGCAGCUGCGGCAGCGGCAACCAAAUAGGGCCCUGCACCCUUACUGUAUAUCUUCUCCGUUUAUAUUUUAUAAAAAUUGUAAAAAAAGU